AUGCAUUCUUCUACCGGUCCAUUUUCUGCCGCACGUUUGCAACCAGGCUGGGCUGCUGUUUCACCGUAUGUCUGCAGAAUGACUACAUCGCCGGGUUAUGGCGGACGGGCGUUGGGGAGACGGGUGGUUGGUGACUGCAGAAGAUGGACGGAAAUAUCCGCGUCUAUCCUCUCAGCAUCGUGUUCUGCCGCCGGAAUCUCCAGUGGGUAUUCGAUAUCGUCCACUUCUGUUAUGUGGCUGUCAUUGCGAAAUUCGAUCUUGUCGCAGUCAUUGAUGGAGUAUAGUGAAACACUGGAGAUCACGGAAAUGGCAAUUAUCGCAGACCAUACGACCUGUGGAGAUCUCACAGUUAUGGAUUGGCUCGAAUUCCCUCAAUCAGAAACAGCUGAUGCAUAUUUCACAGUGAUUGAUAGUAUGGCUGUCCUCGGACAUCCCGAUGAAAAGCAUCCAAAGAUGUUUGAGUGGUAUUCACGUAUAGUUUUCAGUCUGCGGCCGCACAACGCCGUAAAAUGUGUGAUAAUUCUCCGUAAGAUCUGGUUGAUAAACUCCGACUUUGUCGCUUGCUGUUUGCUCUGAGGGCUAGGAGAGUGCCUUAGCUCCAGAUGUAGGUUUGGAUGACUGGCCACAGACUGAUUCCGAACAUAUCAUGGAUGGAUAUCUGGGUUGUCUGGGAAUUUCGGAACAUCUUAUGGACGAAGGCGCAGUGACAUGUUACCAUGCUAUGUGACGGAGGAUAGAGAUGGCCUCUCAUCGCUUCUAUUCACGGGAUCUUAUGAUCAUGAGUGGUUUUACCUAAAUACCGACAGAAAGAAUCAUCAGCGAUAUGAUAGUAACGCAUAUUUGGCGGAUGAGCUGUGCUAACUUCCUGCCUCCACUUUCUGUUGACCACAACCUGACCCUGACAUGGCGCUGGCAGCCUUACUCGAAGUACGUGUUAAGUGUUGGAAUCAAUCCCAAGUGCCGAUGACGACGACAAUUCCUCUGCCUUCUUCCAUAGAAGUGUCGCUGUUCUCUUCCCUAGCUCAGCCGUUAACGUUAACGAUUUGAUCUCCACGGAGUUUCCGGCUGCAGAUACCACCAUUGGUGUUUGUUUGCCGCAGAGUUCAAACGGGGCUGGCAGUAAUUUUUCCUGUCCAGUAUGCCAGACCUCCCAUGUUCGUGGGUGUCUAAUUUCACUGCAUUAAGUUGAUCAUUUGAUAGUCGGUAAGUGGGACUAAUGACUGAGAUUUGCACCAUAUUCUGCUCAUGAAAACAGUUGAAUAUCAUAUCCUUCAGUCAUUUGGGGGUAUAUGCAGGAAGGUCAUCCUGUUUUUCACCCGAGAGAAGCUUCGCUGGAGAAGAUCGAAUGUACGGGAGAAGCAAUCAAGAAACAGGAGAACAGCAAAUAGGCAGAUAUGCUACCGCAGAGCUCCCAUAAGGUCUUUUACAUAAUGUUUCCUGAAAGUGGAACUACCAACGAUACUAAGUAGGGACAUCCCUCGUUCGUUGUUGGAAAAGCCAGACGAUGUUGUUAACCGUUGUUCCUGCCGUAAACCGUUCGACCCUUUGGAGAGCCGGACUUUUGGAGAGUAGUAACAAAGUGGUUUAAAGCGAUCUGUUUUCUCGAGGGGCUGUUGGAAGAAACCCCUCAUAAGCGAAGUAAGGCGUUCGCGAAGGGGAGAAAAAGAAGGCUGAGAGCGUACGCUGUUGUAGCAAGGUAGUAGGGCACGUCGCAUUGGAAGAUGUAUUGGCGAGAUGUCACGAUAUCAUCGUCCAUAAAUACUUCGUUCCGCCGCCCGUUGUUCCUUCAAAAAUAGAGAAAUUGGAUAU